AGAUGAGUAAACAAGAUGAGGAAUAAAAAUAAUAAUUAAUAGAAUCAGCAUUUGAAUGCAAUAUAUGUUUAGAUAUAGCAACAGAACCAAUAUUAACAAAUUGUGGACAUUUAUUUUGUUGGCCUUGUAUUUAUAGUGUAAAAUUAUCUAAAUAUGAAUAUUAGUGGCUUAAUUCAAAUUAAGAAUUUCUAACAUGUCCAGUUUGUAAAAAUGGUUGUUCUAAGACUUCUUUAAUUCCUUUAUAUUCAAAAGAUGAAGCUAAAUCUAAGUAAUUAUUAAUUUAAUUAAAUAGUAAACCACGUGAUCCUAAUAUACCUCCUAGACCUAAACCUGGUAGAAAUGAUCCUGUUAGAAAUAAUAAUUAAGUUGGAUAAAAUAAUUUAGCUAAUGGAGCAAUGAUUGCAGGUUAUGGAUUAUUUCCAUCACUUUUUAAUUUAAUUUGUAUUAAAGAUGGAGAUAUUGAAAAAGAUGAAAGACAUGCAGGUAACUCAUCAUUAUUAUAAUUUAGAUGAAGCUACUGUUGAAAUUGAAAAUGUAAGAAAACUCAAAGCUAUUCUAUUCUUAUUGAUUUUAUCCUUAAUUAUGAUGAUUGUAUUCUACUUUUGA